AGGGGUCAUUCAACCCAUUCGACUUCUCGUCGAGCAGUGAGGCUCGAAGCGUUGUACAUAGACAGCGACUGUCUAAUCUGUGCGGAGGGAACAAUGGCUGCAAUAAGCUGCCGCGGGCUUCUCCACUGUGUCGUGCUCAUCUGGUCUCUCUAUAUUCAUCUGCGACAGGUGGAUGCCAGGAUUUUGCAGGAGACGUUCCUGUAUCAAGUUGAAGUGCAAACCGCAUUCCAAGCCACUGAUGUCGACAAAAACUUUAUCUGCGCAACUCUCGACUGGUGGCCGUCCGAGAAAUGCAGUGCGAACAACGUAUGCCCAUGGGGAGGAGCUGGACUACCGUAUCUGGAUCUUGAGAACCCAAAGUUACUGGAAGCUAUGAAAGAACUGCGACCACUUGUGAGAGCCGGAGGAACACUGGAGAAUAUCGUUGUUUACGAUAUCGGCGGGCAACUUCCAAGCGAGCCUUGCGUUAAUUUCACUGUCAAUGAAGGCGUGUUCUACGGAUUCAGCGGCGGUUGUCUUACAAUGGAGCGAUGGGACGCGCUCAAUGCAUUUUUCAAAAAGACCGGGGUUGAAGUGGUUUUUGGUCUGAAUGCUCUGUAUGGGCGAAAUAAGACGAAAACAACGACUGGAAUGGGAAGUCAGAACGUGACGGGGCCAUGGAAUUGGACAAAUGCAUAUGAGUUGAUGAAGUACACUCGCAAAAAAAACUAUGCAAUAUCAGGAUGGGAGCUAGGAAAUGAGUUGAUGGGGCUUGCUAUUGACGCAAGGGUUAAUCCAUUGCAAUAUUCAAAGGAUCUUCGAAAUCUUGACAGAAUCGUGAGGGAGGUCUAUAAGGGUCAUCACACGCUUCCCUUGGUCAUUGCACCAGAUCUGGUAUACUUGAAUAUAAGUGAUGACCUUAAAAACUUCUUGACGGACUCAGGCCGAGAAGAACUGGACGUACUGACAACACAUUCCUACAAUUUGGGCUCAGGAGAUAGCGCCUCAGAGAUAUUAAUUAGUAACUUACUGAAUCGAACAUUCUUUACAAAGCAAACUGAUACCUACAAGAGUGUAAAUACUCUUCUAAGAGAUCAUCCAGCUAUAAAAGCUUGGAUUGGCGAGUCUGGAGGUGUUUACGGCAGUGGACGCCAUGGAGUCAGCGAUACCUUCAUUGAUGCUUUCUGGUAUCUGGAUGAACUCGGGACUGCAUCAUUGUUCAAUACUAAAGUGUUUUGUAGACAAAGCUUCGUUGGGGGCAACUACGGUUUACUGGAUAGGUCUACGUUCGAACCUAAUCCUGAUUACUACGGAGCCCUGCUUUGGCGCAGACUGAUGGGAGAACGCGUCUUGUUCAUUAACGUUCUUACGUUAGAUUACAUUAGCGCGUACGCUCAUUGUCAAAAGGACAAUAAGGGAGGAGUGACAGUGUUACUUCUGAAUUUCAGCAACACUACAACUGCGAGCUUCAAUUUCAAUUUCCUGGGUUCUAACAAAUUCAGCUUUCGACAUGAAUACCACAUGUCUCCUGCGGAUGGAAAUAUCACCAGCCAGGUCGUUUUGCUCAAUGGUCAGCCUUUGGCAGUUACCUCUGAUGGAAAAAUCCCACGACUUUUGCCAGUGAACAAGGCUCCAUUUGAGCCUAUCUCUCUGAAACCUCUCACAUAUGCGUACAUUGUCUUUCCAGAUGUUCAUGCUUCUGCCUGUGAGAGGUUUUAAUUUGGUACUUCCAGAUACAUUCAGUGUCGGAUUUGUCUGAAGUCGAGAUUUAUAUUUAGCGUAUAUAUUUAUAUAUAAAUAUACAAAAUGUAUAAAAUUGGAACGAUACAGAGAACAUUAGCAUGCCCCCUGCGCAAGGAUGACUCGCACAAAUCGAGAAAU